AAAACACACACAAAAUGUUGACACGAGCAAUCACGCGAUUGAGUUAUAGACGAGCCAUUACUCCUUUGUACCGUGCCCAACCCGUAGCUGCUACCCGGACCCCAAGAGCAGUACGAACCUUUUUUGCAACUCGUCCAAAGUUUGAUCGAUUUGACGAUGCCGAAGAGCAAAUGAAGAAGGGCUCAGAGUAUUUGAACGAAGGAUCGCUCGAUAUGGCUAUGCAUAGUUAUCACAAGAGUGUACAACUGGCUCCUAGUGCACCUGGUCACUUUAACAUUGGCGUAUGCUAUUUUCAGAUGGGCAAGCAUCAGGAUGCUAUUCGUGCGUUUGAACGAUCACUAGAAUUCGAUCCUAACCAAGCCGAUGCUCACACCAACAUCGCUUCUGCCUUUCUGAUGUUAAAGAACGUGCCUGAAGCCGUCAAACAUCUGGAACAAGCAUCAAACUUUAAUCCUUUGGACGGCGAGAUCCAAUAUAACCUUGGAUGUGUAUACGAAGCUAUGGGUAGAUUGGAUGAUGCCAAGACACGUUUCGAGCGAGCUCAAGUCUUAGGCAUCGAUAAAGCAGACGAAGCCUUGGACAAAGUGACCACAAAGUUAGAAAAAUAAUAGAGCGAAAGAAAAAGUUGUUUAUUAUCGAUAAUAAU